GCGGAGUUGGAGCAGGGCCGGCGCCGCGGCCGCUUCUGCUCGCUGAGCUGCUGCCGCCGCCGGGCGGACGGGCGGACGCGCGGAGCUGGGGGCGGCGCGGCGGGGCCGGCUGGGUGCGGUGGGGCUGACCGGCCCCGAUGAGGCGGAAGGAGAAGCGGCUCCUGCAGGCGGUGGCGCUGGUGCUGGCGGCCCUGGUCCUCCUGCCCAACGUGGGGCUUUGGGCGCUGUACCGCGAGCGGCAGCCCGACGGCACCCCCGGGGGUUCGGGGGCGGCGGUGGUCCCGGCGGCGGGACAGGGCUCACACAGUCGGCAAAAGAAGACGUUUUUCUUGGGAGAUGGGCAGAAGCUGAAGGACUGGCAUGACAAGGACAGCAUCCGGAGGGAUGCUCAGCGCGUAGGAAAUGGAGAACAAGGAAGACCUUACCCCAUGACCGAUGCUGAGAGAGUGGAUCAGGCGUACCGAGAAAAUGGAUUUAAUAUCUACGUCAGUGAUAAAAUCUCCUUGAAUCGCUCUCUCCCAGAUAUCCGGCACCCAAACUGCAACAGCAAGCGCUACCUGGAGACACUUCCCAACACAAGCAUCAUCAUCCCUUUCCACAACGAGGGCUGGUCCUCCCUCCUCCGCACCGUCCACAGUGUGCUCAAUCGCUCGCCCCCAGAGCUGGUCGCUGAGAUUGUGCUGGUCGACGACUUCAGUGAUCGAGAGCACCUGAAGAAGCCACUUGAAGACUACAUGGCCCUUUUCCCCAGCGUGAGGAUUCUUCGAACCAAGAAACGGGAAGGGCUGAUAAGGACCCGAAUGCUGGGGGCCUCAGUGGCAACUGGGGAUGUCAUCACAUUCUUGGAUUCACACUGUGAAGCCAAUGUCAACUGGCUUCCCCCCUUACUCGACCGCAUUGCUCGGAACCGCAAGACCAUUGUGUGCCCAAUGAUUGAUGUAAUUGACCACGACGACUUUCGGUACGAGACACAGGCAGGGGAUGCCAUGCGGGGAGCCUUUGACUGGGAGAUGUACUACAAACGGAUCCCGAUCCCUCCAGAACUGCAGAAAGCUGACCCAAGUGACCCAUUUGAGUCUCCCGUGAUGGCUGGUGGACUGUUUGCUGUGGAUCGGAAGUGGUUCUGGGAGCUGGGCGGUUAUGACCCUGGCUUGGAGAUCUGGGGAGGGGAGCAAUAUGAAAUCUCAUUCAAGGUGUGGAUGUGUGGGGGCCGCAUGGAGGACAUCCCCUGCUCCAGGGUGGGCCAUAUCUACAGGAAGUAUGUGCCCUACAAGGUCCCUGCCGGAGUCAGCCUGGCCCGGGUAAGGUGGGGCCUGGUGGGGAUAAACACUGUUCCUGAACUGUUUUCUAACCCACUGUGGACCCUUCAGCAUCAGGAAGAACUAGGUAGCAACAAGGAAAUUCAGCUGUUUCCUGGUCCCCAACUCAGAGCCAGCAAAAUGGAGGAGCGGGAGAAUUUUGUCUCCAGUGCAGGGGCCUCCCUGGCUUCCUUCCCUCAUGCUGGCUUCCUUCCCCAUGACUCAAGAUGUGCACAGGUAUUCACCUUCACCUGGAGAGAGGACAUCCGGCCUGGAGACCCCCAGCACACCAAGAAGUUCUGCUUUGAUGCCAUCUCCCAUACCAGCCCUGUCACGCUCUAUGACUGCCACAGCAUGAAGGGCAACCAGCUGUGGAAAUACCGCAAAGACAAGACCCUGUACCACCCUGUCAGUGGCAGCUGCAUGGAUUGCAGUGAAAGUGACCACAGGAUCUUCAUGAACACCUGCAACCCAUCCUCUGUCACCCAGCAGUGGCUGUUUGAACACACCAACUCAACAGUCUUGGAAAAAUUCAAUAGGAACUGAGCCCUCAUGUCCCCUUGGCAGGCCCCACAGGGUCUGGCACUCACUGCAGCCAUCGUUUUAAGGGAAGCAGGGCCUCUGUGCGCACUGGGUGUAAAAGGUGCUGGCCAAAUGGUUCAGGGUGAAGAGGACUCUUGAAUCAGGGGCUGGGGUCUGCCUGGUCCGUGAGCCCCUGAGCUGGGGGGUAGGGUGAAGAGCAGAUCCCACAAGAAGCCCCACAGGGAGCAGAGCCUGCUUUAAUCCCUGCUGGCAUCACAGAAAAGCAGCAGGGCCUUUUCAACUUUGUCACUAUGUCCCCUUGAGCAUUAUGUGAGAGAAUACCAGGGUAGCCUAGGCCACCCAAAAAUGAGUCUUGCAAGGUUGCCCAGCCCUCAGGUGGCUCUCCUACAUGAUGGUACUUUAGAAAGAAAAGUAAAAUGUCCCUGUUUGGGGCAGCUUUUAGUACUGAUGCCACUCAUCAGAAGGGAAAGAAGUCUUUUUGGGGCUUUUUCGUUUCUGCUCUCCUAGGGGGUACAUGGCAGUUACUGCCCAGCUUCUGUUUUCUGUCACAACCCCAGGUGAUUUGGUCUGGUCAAAGGCCACGCUUGAGGCCCUCAGAAUGUUCAGUACCAAAUGCUGGUCAAGGAGUCAGAAGAGGGACCCCCCCAGACAUUUCUCUGCAGCUAUGAACAUGCAGGAUAUUUCCCCCUGCUCUCUGGGUAUUUAAAAUGUCCAUUUUAGCAGUCUCCAGGCACAAGGACAGCCCAGCCACCAGCUUUUCAGGGCAGUGUUUCAGAUGGCCUUGAGCCCAUGGAAAAGGCCAAGUAGACCUCCAAACUAGAAAUGCUGGCUAAUUUUCCCUGAUCCAUGCUUCCAUUUCCCCUUCUCUCUUCCCCAGGCAAUUACUGGACUCAAAAGAGAAACAGAGGUGCUGCGAGGUGCUUACCUCACAGAGUCUGGAGGCCUCCAGGAUCAACUGUGGGCAAAGUGCCUGCCUCUGACCUCAUCAUGGUUCUAGUUCUCAUUUGGAACUCCAGAAUUGUAAAAGAACUCUAUAAUUGGAUUGCAAAGUAGAAUGCUACCUAGGAUUCUGGUAUUCCAGCAUCCAAUAUGGAUUUCUAGAAUGCUGUGAUUAAAGGAGCCAGCCAGGUGUAAUACAGUCAAGGCAGCCCCCAGCCUAGAGACAAUCUGUGAAAUCCAAAGUUGGUGGUGUUGGGGAAGCAGGGGGACAUGAGUGUCCCUCAGCUCAAAGCAGAGGCUGUAGUAUGACAUGGUCCUCAGUGAAGAUCUGCACCCUGGGACCUCCCACCAUCAUCACAGCUGCAGUCUCAUUUGCAGUGGAGAAAUGAAACCGUUGUCCCACAGCCAGAUAUAUACCCAGCUCCAUGCCAGCCCUUCAUGUUUACCUUUUGCUUUGUUAAUUACAUGUCAGACUCCUAGAGGGCCUCCAGACUAAUAGAAAGCAUUUCUGUAACCAACCUGCCACCCACUCAUUCAGAAAUGGAAAUCACAUUCCACAGUCUAUGACUUCCACCAACUAGCCCAGGAAAUACUUGAAAUCAGCAUUCCAAUUAGUGUUGGGUCUCUUGAUUGUGUCAUUUACCAAUUAAAUAACUAAGACAUAAGUCUGGGAACAGAGCCACAAAUCUGCCUUUGAGAUGCUGGCUGAUCUCAAGGCCAUCAAUUAUUGGCGGAGGGAGGGACAAACACUCCCAACCAUCCACCAGUCAGACUGAAUGUGUAGCUGGCAAAGAAUUACUUCCACUUCUGGCCCAGCACAAACCCUGCUCUGGCCACCUGUCUGCAAGAGGUGGCCCCUGCAGCUUUAGAAGCGGCCCUCUGUAGAAAGAAGUCAAAAGAUGAGGCCCCUUCUAGAAUCUAGGAUAACAAGAGUGUUGGCAGUUUGAGGAGUUGAAUUAAGAUUCAUCAUCAGAGAGUAAUGCAGUGUCAUUAAAAUAAAAACUGUGCCUUUUAAAAAGAAAAAUGCAAAUAUACAGCAAAUCCCUAAACUUGAACCAUUUCCUAGUGCCUUGCUAGACAAAUGUAAAGGGGUGGGGUUGUGGGGAGGGGAACAUUUUUGGUGGCGUGUGCAGUUCCUACUGGAUGAGUGUGUGUUUCUUAUUGUCUAAUUUCAAGCAGGAGAUGUCGGGCCUGGAGCAAGAUCUGAGACUGAGAUGCCCCCAAGGGUAAGAGGUCAGAUUUAUUCCAGUUAGUGCAAGUCACACUCCAAACUAAAGGCUGGGCAGUGCAUUUAGUUUGUGGCCUAGAAGGCCUCAUCAGCCCCCAACAGGAGGCCUUGCAUUACCUCACUAGGACCUGUUUGGGGGCCAUGCCUGCAGUUCACCCUCUGAACCCUCAGAGUGUUUGUCCUGUUUCUCGUCAUGGGGUUAAGGUGUGCAGAGCACUAGCCAGACUUCCACAUAGUCCUGCCCGAAGUGGGCGGCAGUAUUCCUGGCAUGACCAGGAUUCCUGUGAAAGCAGGAGCAGCAGCAAGCCAUCCCAAGCCUGCCUUUGGUUCUCCUUUAGAGUCUGGGUUCACGCCUGAAAAGGGAUGGGCGCAUCCUCUGAGCAGUCUGUCACUUGUCAUUGCUGAGCCCACAUCAGUAGGUCCGGGGACUUGACAAAGCAUGUGGGAGGGGAAGGAAGAACAGAACUUGAUUGACUCCAUUUCUUGGAACAACUGAUUAAUUGCUAAUACUAAACCACUCAUUGUUAUGGCUUCGUUUUUGAAAACCACCUGUCUCAAGGAUUCAGGUUUCCGCUCACAUCCCCAGCUGAUACUCAAUACAACUCAACCAGGAGCCUGUAGAGAUGCUGACAGCCAGGUGAUGGGUGAGACUGUGGGUCCCUUUUCCUCUAAAGCCUUUACUCUGAGGAUGAGGUCACAAAAUAGGGUGUGACUAGAAAGUAUCUUGACCAUGUGGCCCACCAGCAGCUUUUCCGAAGGGGAACUCCAGGACCAUUUCAUAAUGCAAAGAGCACUGUCGCUUUAAGUACAAAGCCUUCAGGGCCUUUGAAGGCGGCUAAACUUGCAGGCGUGUGUGUGAAAAGCCAUCCCAUCUUCUGCCUCCAAUUGGAGCUUUCAGCUUUUCAGUCAGGAACUAUUGAUUCUUUCCUUUAGGAAAAAACCGCUCAGGCAGAACGGGGUACAUCCACAGGAGGAAUCUGGUAAGAGCAUGGGACCAGGAAAGAAAGAGCAGUUUCUGUUGAAGAUGUAGCAAACGGAUUUCCAAAGUCUACAUAACAUUCACUUUUCAAACUUCCCACCAGUGGAAUUUCUUUUUUUCCUUAAGAAAUAGGUGAUGUCUUUGAAAACAGCUCCAUAUAUCUUUCUGUGUGUCUCCAUUUUCCUAGUCUCUAGAGUCUCAAAAACAGUGGCAAUGCACUUUACAGUACUAACUGAGAAAUCAGAGUCCCUGCUUCAGCGGCAUCUAGUUUGUACAGGUUGGGUGAUCUUUUAUAAUUCCUAGGAGGCAAUGCAUUUUUAAUGUUUUUUGAUGCUUUGUAAUUGUGAGAGGGGGUCAAGAAGUACAGUUCUGUUCUGGAAUUCUUUAUUGCUUUCAACGGAUGCUCUUUGUGAAAAAUCCAAGUAAUAUUUUAGUUCAAACUUGAUCUUGAGCCAAGGCCCACUGCCACCUCUGGGGUGGGAGUUGGACCUACAUAGCAAGUGACAAGUUCAUCUUAACAUCUGCUUCCAAAAUGGCUUUGAUUCAGCUAUGCCAGGCAACAGAACAGGGCCACUCCUGCUCUGUUAUUGGCUUGAAGACUAAGAUCCCAAAGGGGUUGCAGGCAGGAAUAUUUGGAAAUUCAGACUGGAAUUCCAUGCUGAAAGCUCAAGACCACCGGCCUCUCCUCCUGCCUGGAAAAGUGAGCCUUUGUGAAGGACUGACUUACCACGUACAAUUGUGAUUGUGAAUGUUAUUGAGUAAACCUCCAGUCUUUCUCUAAA